AUGGCAGCCGCCGUUGACAGCGUGAAUUUCCUCGUCGCAGAAAUUUCAAAAUCUGUUGAGACCUAUCAAGAAGCAUUGACGAUUCUUGGAGCUUAUUUCGUUUGCCAGAAGGCUGUGAAGACGUUGGUCCACUUCUGCGAGGUCACGAGGGUGCAUUUCUUGCCUCGUCUGCCGCUGAGAAAGAGGGAUUUGGUCGCCGAAUUCGGAAAAUGGGCAGUUGUCACAGGUUCAACGGAUGGAAUCGGGAAAGCGUAUGCACAGGAACUCGCUAGCCAUGGAGUCAACAUCAUCCUCAUCAGUCGCUCACAAGACAAACUCAGGAGAGUCGCCAAAGAUAUCGAGACUAACUUCAAGGUCUUGACGAAGAUAAUCCAAGCCGACUUCAGCCAGGGAAGCGAUAUCUAUCCAGAUAUUGAACGGCAACUACAGGGUCUACAGGUAGGCAUUCUGGUGAACAAUGUCGGAGCUAUGGAUAUACCACAGUACUUUCUCAACAUGAAAUCGGAUCGGCUUUGGCAGCUCAUCAACAUCAACAUCGGAGCAGCUACUCUGAUGACCAAAAUAAUCUUGCCCCAAAUGGUGGAUAGAAAACGUGGAGUGGUUGUCAAUAUAUCCGCAGCUGCAUCAAUACAUCCAAACCCACAGUUGGCUGUUUAUCAUGCAUGCAAGUCUUACAUGGAUUUCUUCACCAGGGCCCUGCAAUACGAAUACAAAUCCAAAGGAGUAAUCUUUCAGAGUCUCAUGCCGUCUUAUGUCGCGACUAAGAUGACCGACUUUAAAGAUGGCCCUCAUCAGUCCAGCCUCAUGAUUCCGUCAGCGUGUCUGUACGCAAGGCACGCCGUGUCGACGCUGGGCAGGUCGACGCAAACCACAGGGUAUUGGCCUCAUACCUUGUUGAUGUGGUUUAUGUACCAGAUACCAGAAAACCUCUGGAUGUGGAGUGUCAGCAUUAUAAACAGCGCCCUCAGGAGGCAGGUUAUGAACAAGCGCCGCCGGCGCGCCUCCAGAGUGCAAACACCAUCGUAGCGAUACAGCAAUCAUUCAGAAAUCGGAACAAAGUUUAGGAUUGAAAUGUUUAUCUUUGAGAUAGUUAUCUUAUUACGGGAAAGCUCCAUUAAUUGACGAAAGAGGCCAGAAUACUACAUCCUUUUUCGUCUGGCAACUCACACCUGUUUUCUCCAUGCAAUUCCUUUUCCAAACAAUGGACUGUAUUGGUCAUGCACAAACAAGUAGGGCUGCUGACCUGCCUAAGGCAUAUUAACGGAUCAUCCAUGUAAUGCAGAGGUAAAAUACAGCCACUCAUUGAAAAGGAUGCAUAUAGACCAUUUUUGAACCUUGUAUAUUCUUUGGGUAUUCUGGCAGGCAAGAUACUGCACUGGUCCUAUAGGAAAGUUGACAUUUUGUGUCAUAAUUUCCACA